AUGGGAGAGACAGCAGAAUCGCAGAAAAAUGAAGAUAAAGUUGAAAAGAAGGAAGACAAACAUGAGAAGAAAGAGAAACACGAGGAUGGCGAUGAAAAGAAAGAGGAAGGAGAAGAGAAAUCUAGAGACAAGAAGAAGCAGAAAGAUAAGGACAAUAAAGAUAAGGAGGACAAAGAAGACGGUGGAAAAGAGAAGAAGAAAAAGAAUCCUGAAGAUAAGAAGGAUCCUGCAAAACUAAGGGCUAAGCUUGAAAAGCUUGACACCAAGAUUCAAGCACUCAAUCAAAAGAAAGAAGAAAUUGUCAAACUCCUCCGAGAAGUUGAAAAUAAUGCUGCUGCCAAACCAAGUGAAUGA